AGCCUCUGCCGCCAAUAUUCCAACUUGGUAGCAGUGUUGUAGAGGUGUGCAGGUGUGGUGGUGGUGGAAGGACAGGUGUGGGGGGCUAGGCUGGCCUCUCCAGACACCUGACUUAACAUCUCUAUAUACUGCUGCUUCACCAUCAUGGCGGUGCUUCUCACAUUCAUGGUUGGAGUGCCAUGAAUGAAGGACUUGUAAGGGUGGCUCAGAAUUUGAAGGAUGAUGGGAUUGAGCUGGUUGACGAUGUCACCGAGCAUGCAAGUGUGGUGGUUGUUGAAGAGGGUGGUGGCUCGGUAACACUGGAACUUCCUGAUGGAACACAAGCCAUAGUACAUAAUGCCAUAAGAGAGGAACCUCAAGAUGAUAUGGAAGGUGUUGCCAUCCAGCUGGAUGAUGGCAGAAUUGGCUAUCUGUAUGGUGAUACUCUCUUACAAGCAGUGGCAGAUGAUCAUGAACAACUUAUUCCAAAUAACAGUGGCAAAUUUUUUUGCUAUUUUCCAAACUGUGAAAAAUCAUAUUCUUCUAUACAGCACCUCAAAACACACCAACAAAAUCACACUGGUCAGCGCCCACAUGUCUGCGAAAUCUGCAAAAAGUGUUUUACCACUGGAUAUGCUCUCAAGUCCCAUUUACGCACUCAUACUGGAGAAAAGCCUUAUCAGUGUCCAGAGGAACAGUGCGGCAAGUGUUUCAAAACAUCGGGGGACCUUCAGAAACAUGUACGAACACACACAGGAGAACGACCAUUUAAGUGUGGGAUGUGUCCAAAAUCCUUCACAACAUCAAAUAUAAGGAAAGUGCAUAUGAGGGUUCACACUGGUGAAAAGCCAUAUGAAUGCCAGUAUGAAGGAUGUGGCAGAAAGUUUGCCUCAGCAACCAAUCAUAGGAAUCACUGCAGAAUUCACACAGGAGAGAAACCAUAUGUAUGCUCUGUGGAGAACUGUGGUAAAAGAUUCACUGAGUAUUCUUCCCUGUACAAGCAUCACAUGGUUCACAAUCAACAGAAGAAAUAUUUUUGCAAUCAUUGUGGAAGAUUUUAUAGACAAAUCUCAACACUGGCAGUUCAUAAGCGCACUGUGCACAAUAUUAUUGAGAAUGAGGACAAUCAGGUGUUGUGGAUGGCCUCAGGACUAGAAAUGGACUUGUUAACAGAAGAUCAAGAUGGUGAUGCAAGUUCUCACAGGGAGAACACAUUGUCUGCACCAAGUACAUCUUCUGCCACAAGGACUGUACAUAUAUCCUCUGGGAUGGUCAUCAAAAAGGAAGAAGAGAUUGUUCCUGGCAACAUACUAAGUGCCCAGUUAACCAUAGGAGAGGAGUGCAUCAGAAUGCCAAGUGUAGAAGUCAGCGGUCUUAUAACUGAAGAAACACAGGGUGACACUCUGAUACCGAAUGAUCGAGGGUCAACUUUAACUAACUUGGAGCUUGAUGGAAGUGGGAGUGGAUCUCUUUUUGUAUUCACUGAUCCAUCACAACUAGCAGCACUUCAGCUAGCAGUAGCAAGCCGAGCUAGAAGAAAUGGGGAUGAUAGUGUUGGAGACACAGUGGAAGUUAUUAGGCUAGACGACUUUACUUCAGUGGCAGAGUCCACUAUCACCGAAGGGUUGACGGACAGUGGGAGUACAGACCGAGGUAUCAGUGAAAACAGUGGAAAAAUUCUUGUAAUAAAAGAAAUAGACACUUAAGGAAAAUUAAUUUGUAGCUAUUGAAAGGUCUUUCAAAGUUUUGUAUUGUACUAGAAAAAUGUCGAGGGUUAACCAGCGUAAAUUGGUUAAAAAGAGAGAUACAGUGGAACCUCUACUUACGAGUGCAUCCAAGUGUGAGUUUUUCCAGAUAUGAGCAGUCGCUUGGUCGAUUUUUUGUUUCCAGACACGAGCGAAAUUUCCAGAUGCGAGCAGACCUCAAGGGAGGUUCCUUGACGCUGGUAAGAGGCUCAUGCUCUUGGUCUAGGGAAUUGAAUCUCAGUUGUUUGUUGGACUAUCUUAUUGAAACUUGGGCAAUGUAUGAUGGAAAGGUGCUUCUUAACGUACACCAAAAAUGAAAGAAAUCGGACCAUAAAUAACGGAGUUCACUUCUCAGCCAUUAGCCUCCCCUUAGCGGUACAUUUUCUUAUGGUUUUUGUGGUUGUAUUCUCGUUCUUUUUGGACUUGUUUGAUAGAAUGGAAGAUAUACUACAGAAAUAGAUAUGAUUUUGAUUGGUUUCACGAUGAAAUACCUCGAAAUUGACCUCAAAGUAGCAGAAAUGUUCAAUUCUUUGGUGAUGUUCAAUACAUGUCCGAUUGGCACUGCCCCUCAACCUUCACAUAUUGGAAAGCUCUUCAACACACUAGCGAAAGUGGGAUCAGACAUCAUGAGGUAGCAGUGGCAGACCACAUGAAGCAUCAGUGACAGACAACAUGAAGCAGCAGUGGAAGACAUUGAGGUAGCAGUGGCAGACAACAUGAAGCAGCAGUGGCAGACAUCAUGAGGUAGCAGUGGCAGACAACAUGAGGUAGCAGUGGCAGACAACAUGAAGCAGCAGUGGCAGACAUCACAAGGUAGCAGUGGCAGACAACAUGAAGCAGCAGUGGAAGACAUUGAGGUAGCAGUGGCAGACAACAUGAAGCAGUGGCAGACAACAUGAAGCAGCAGUGGCAGACAAUAUGAAGCAGCGGUGGCAGACAAUAUGAAGCAGCAGUGGCAGACAAUAUGAAGCAGCAGUGGCAGACAAUAUGAAGCAGCAGUGGCAGACAAUAUGAAGCAGCAGUGGCAGACAAUAUGAAGCAGCAGUGGCAGACAAUAUGAAGCAGCAGUGGCAGACAAUAUGAAGCAGCAGUGGCAGACAAUAUGAAGCAGCAGUGGCAGACAACAUGAAACAGCAAUGUCUGACUUUUUUGGGUUAUCCUAGGUUCUCUACACAUGUAGUCAGGAGCAAGAAUGGCCACUGUGGUUGCCCUAUAAACCCCAACAACAAUAACGGCCGCUGUCACCACCACUAGCCACAUACGUAAUGACAUGUAUUUUAUUCAUUCUAGUGUAUAUACGUUUCUAUGUUAUUAAUAUUGUUUAUUAUGUCAUAUUAGAUGAAUUGUGAUAGAUAAAUAAACUGUAGAGUUGAUAUUAGGGAAAUUAUUGAAAUAUUUUGUUGUGCCUGGAAUUCCACUGGAACGGAUUAAUUCCAUUUCAAUUAAUUUAAAUGAGGAAAAUUGACCCAGCAAAUGAGCAAAUCCAGAUGUGAGCAAGGUCCCAGACGGAUUAAACUCAUAAGUAGAGGUUCCACUGUAGUAGUAAACGUAUGAAGUUUACGGUGUUCUAAAUUGUGAGGUUUACAGUAAAUAUUGUAAAUUGUAUGCCCUUUAUUGGAUGUGAUAACCUAUUAAACUAUCAUUAGCAUUCAUUGCAUACAUGAUAGCUUAUGUAUUCUCUGCUGAUUGGUUCGGGCUGAGUUUGUAAAUGCUUUGUAUUGAACUAAAAAAAAUUUGUAUAUUUUUUCUUUUGAACUUGUUAUUUAAAUAUUGACUUCAGAGGUAAAUAAAUGAAUAGCUUGAAUUUAAUUAAGGUUUUUCAUCAUUUGCUACAUUCAUGAGUAAGUGCUAAACCCAUGCGUGUUAUACAGAGCAUGGUCAGUGGUAGGAUAAUUGGAUUUGAUCCAAGAAGGAUUUUUUCAAAGCUUUAUCUGGCAAAUUGAUAGCUGUGUAAUUCAUCAUAACUUUUAUACUACUCUUUAUCUAACCUUUCUAAAAUGUUAACACUCCUGUAUGUAAAUUUGACCUGGAUAUAUAAUUAAAGCCAUUUGCAAAUGGAAAGUAAUGACUAGUUAAAAGUCCCCACUGUUAUUUACUCUUGGCACUCCAGCUUUCCUAACUAUGCUCUCAACAACAGUUUCUUGCACUUAAUAUUAAGAUCUCCCAAAACUAUUAUUCUCUCACUUUGCUCAAAAUUCCCUAAAUAUUCCCUUAACACCAAAAAUCUUUAUCCUCGCAUACAUUUUCCUUCAGGCACAUAAACAUUUACAACUCAUUUUUCAAACCCUGCUUUUAUUUUUCUCUGAUUUGAGAAUGAGAGGAGGGAUGGUGCUCCAGUGUCCAUUAAUGCCACUCCACUGACCAGGCAUACAGACUGAUUAAAAUAAGGGUCAAAGUUCUAGCCAGUAUGUAAGAAGGCAGGAUAAUAAAAAUGGCAGAAAAUUGGGAAAAACAAAUGCUGUUUACCAAAUACUGCCUUUAUUGUUAUGAUUAAUGAUAGACAUUAUGGCAGCCCUGGGCAAGUGUCAUACAUUAAUGGUAUACAAAACUGAUAAGUUAAUGAAUGAGACACUUGUGCAACACUUGGAUGUCUUCAUUACCCAAACAUUUUGCCUAUACAGCAGACUUUUUUCAAAAGAUAGUGAAAGAAGUGGAGAGAAAAAAAAAAACUGCCAUGCAGGUGAAAUUUAAGAUAUAAAAGUGUACCACUUGUGUUAUGCAUCACCCCUGGGUAAGCUUUCUUCACAUUUUUCCACCACCAUUCCCCACAUUCUUCAGCCACCAAUCCCCAUAUUCUUCCACCACCAGUCCUAUCUAAUGACUGCUUAACCAUAGUACAGCAAUUCCCCGAGAUACGAGAUCAAUAUAUCCUACAAGAUGGCUCGAAUUGUGAAAACUUGUCUGACAGAAACGUAUUAGACAUUACUUUCCCAACCAAAUGUCAGUGUUUUUCAUUACAACAUAGUAUCAUUUGAAAGCAAGAAAACAAAUACAGUACAAAUAUAACAGCUGAUGUGCAGUGUGCCUAAUUCAAAUACUCCUAUUUGCACAAAAACACCCUUAUGCAAUUCUCGUAUUGGUAAAAAAAAAAAAAAGGCGUUUGUAUAUUGAUGUUGGGUAAUAGAGAAAGUUGCUUGUAUUGGUGAAAUCUUGUAUCGAGGGUUCUUGUAUCUUGGGGAACUGCUGUACUGCUUUGAAGCUACUUUCCACUUACUUGGCUCAAACCUGAUUACACUACCUCCCAUUUUCCGUGGGUUUAUCAUUUCUCAGAAAAUAUACGUAAUUUAUAAUUACAAAAUAAAGCUGGGUCACCAUGCCUCGGUGGGCAACAGCCAGUGUGUUAACUGAUGGGCUGUAGUCUAUUAAUUAGCUUUAUUUCAGAAUAUAUUUAAGGUACAGAAUGAUACUUCACACCAAUAUGCUUGAAACAAAUAUUCCACGGAAUGAAGGUCUGCUUUUUCAACUCUUGACAUUACUGCUUAAGUAAUUUAAUCCAACAAUUCUAGUCUUCAUUUAUGCAUGCAUGACACUAUUCUACUUGACUCUUAUUGUUAUAGUAAUUGAAAGUUUUUAUAUGGUUUAAGUGUUUACUGCCAUCUAGAUAAAUAAAAUGAACUGGACAGUAUAUUAAUUUGUUUAUAAAUAAAAAAAUCUUGUGUAAUAUUUUAGUGAUAAUUAUGAUAAUUUAAGAUGCAAUAAAAUAUGCAUGGUACAAAGCUUUUAUAAAUGAUGAGAUUGAGUGAUGGAAUUUAUAAACAUCAAAUGCCAGUAUUAUUGUACACUGUAUUGUAUAUGCACGUUCCAUGUUUCAGUUCAGUUGAAGACGAAUAAUAUAAAAUGCAAUCGCCACUGGCAUCUGGAAAAAAUUAUCAGCCAGGCAUUACUAGCAAUGUUAGCCUGCAGAGCACUAGCAACAAGAGCUUGGUUGUCCAGGCAGUCAGCAAGGAGGCCUGGCCUCAGGCUGGACUGCAAGAGGAGAACUCUCGAAUCCAGUCACAGAUGUCGCCACUAUUUUAUACUGACCCUUGUGGAUUUAGCAUUUAGUGUUGAUUGUAAUAAUAAUUGUACUGCUAAUCAUUAUAAAUUCUGCCUGCAUAUUAUAUUUAAUUUUAAGAACUAUUGUAAUACUACAAUAUGAAGAUACUGUUAUGGGUUAUAUAGGUUCUUAAUCCUUAAACUGUCCAAAUGUAGAUCUAUGUUCACUUGCAUAGCACUCCGAGUGUAGAUCUAUGUUCAUUUACGUAGCACUCCGAGUGUAGAUCUAUGUUCACUUGCGUAGCACUCCGAGUGUAGAUCUAUGUUCACUUGCGUAGCACUCCGAGUGUAGAUCUAUGUUCACUUGCGUAGCACUCCGAGUGUAGAUCUAUGUUCACUUGCGUAGCACUCCGAGUGUAGAUCUAUGUUCGAUUUUACAUGCUUUCUUAUGUAAAAAAAACGUACAUCUACAUUCAGAGUGCUAUGCAAGUGAAUGUAUUAUUAUUAUUAUUAUUAUAAUCAAGGGGGAAGCGCUAAACCCGGAGGAUUAUACAGCGCCUGGGGGGGGGGAUGUGGAAGGCAUUCAGGCUUAAUUUGGGGAACUGGAGCACAGAUCCAAUUCCCUAAAUCAAGAGCCCCUCACCAACAUCAAGGAACCUUCCUUGAGGGGCAAGUGAAUGUAGAUCUACAUUUGGACAGUUUAAGGGUUAAAUGAUUCACCCACCAGUGUUUGUACUGUUUGUCAGUACCUCUGAAUUUUUUUUUGACUUGAAAAUCUAAUGUUUGAAUAUUUUAUAUGUAUUCAUUAGUGAUGACAUAAUUGUAGGUGAUGUGAGCACCAAAGUCUACACCUGUACAUUACUGCAUUGCUGUAGCCAGUGCUUGUAAAAUUAUCUCUGCAUUAUAUUUCUGAAAUGCCUGUCAAUUUCUUAAAUUUAUACCGGGUUGAAAAUUUAAUGAAAGAUUGAAUAAAAGUUACUUCUUGUAAUUGACUUGAUUUAUAUAAA